AUGGCACUUGCCGUCGAGAGUUGGAUGAAGCGAUAUGACCCCAGAGAUCCCAUUCCGAGCUGCAAGGCGAGAGUGAUCAGGACACUCGAGAUGAGUCCGCUGUGGUUAUAUCGGCUGUACCUACGGAAGGGGGUCUUACCGGCGCUGAUCAGGUGCUCCGUGUUCCUUUAUAACUUGGUGGGAUGGGUCGUCAUCCUCUGUGUCUUUUCCGUGCCGUAUCUUCUGUUUCUUUCGUACCGCUUGGGGGUGUGUUUGUGGUUGAGAUGCCGACACCGGGGAGAAGUGAAACUGAUGGAUGCGUCGGAUGGAGUAUUUGCUCUGCGUUCCGUCGAUCGACCUAACUCCAAGGCCAUUGUUGUCAGUUGGAUCGCCGUCGACGGGUGCGUUGACAUCCUCAACUUGAAGGAGAGGAUUCGGAAGCGUAUUCAGGAAGAUAGAUGGUUUCAAAAAUUAACUUUCUCUUCCCAAUUCCGUCUCGGUUAUUUGAUAUGGAAAAAGGACAAAUGUUUCUCCGUCGAUCAUCACGUGAAGCUGAUUGCAGAACCGGAAAAGGCGAGCCUCGAGGAUUUGUUAGAAGAGUUGCAAUGCCGGGAUUUUGAAGUGGAUCGGUCUCCCUGGGAAAUUCUGGUAUUGCUGAGCGGAGAAAAGACGACUUUGAUCAUCAGAUGGCAUCACUGCCUAGCCGACGGACCUGGCAUGAUCAAUGGAUUGUCGAGACUCAUCUUGGACGAGAAUCCCACUUCUCCAAUUCGCAAAAUCCCGAAGAGAAUGGCACCGAAUCUCAAAACAUUAUAUGCAUUCCUCAAAAGCAUCUUCUACCUCCCCACAAUCUUGCCGUGGUUAUUUCUCAUCCCAGAUGGAAAUCGUCUUUCGGUGACCAAUCCGACCAAGAGGAAGAGAGUUUUCUUUUCGGAUCCGAUGCCCUCAGACCCAUUGAAGAGGACGGCUAAGAAGUUGGCUUGCACUAUCAAUGACAUCUUCAUAUCUUGCGUGGUCCAGGGAUAUAAAAAGACGCUGUUAAGGCCCACAGAUACUUUAUCGGUGGGAAUUCCCGUUUCCCUGCAUAGGGAUUCGCCCCAGAUCUGCAAUCGCCUGAGCGUUGUCCGAGCCCCGUUACCGGUGGCUUUCGACGGCGAAGCCCGAAUCCACGAAAUCCGGAAGAUGACUCGCUGUCUGAAAGCAUCGCCUGACAUCCUCUGUGGUUAUGCCAUGCACCACAUCCUGUCCAACGUGCUGCCCUCGUGGGUGUCGAAAUUAAUCGGGUGGGCGAAGGUAGCCGGUUGCGUGAGUAACGUGGCUUCCCUCGUGCCUUCCAAUGCCCGGAUUCAAGAUCAUCUAGUCUCCUCACUUUGUGGGUUCGCACCACCGCUGCUGGACAUUGGUGAUUCACUUUCAUCUCCUUUUGCCAAUUUCAUCCCGGCUCGAUUUCCUCUCGUCUUAAAAUCUUCAGGAUAG